GCCGGGCCGCCGCGGCCUGCGGGCGGUGCAGCCGGGAGCGGGGCCGAGCGGGGGAUGUCGCGAUGAUCGGGAUAGCGGUAUGAAACGGCGCCGCUGAGGUUUAAGGAAAGGAAACUGAUAACAUACUGAAAAUGUUUAACAAAUCCUUCGGGACUCCUUUUGGAGGUAACACUGGCUUUGGAACAACAUCAACUUUUGGACAAAAUGCUGGCUUUGGUACCACAGGUGGAGGAGCGUUUGGCACGUCAGCCUUUGGGGCAAACAGCAACACUGGGGGCCUCUUUGGGAACACCCAGGCAAAGCCAGGGGGGCUCUUCAGUUCCAACGCCUUUAAUCAGCCCGCCACCUCCUCCACCAGCACUGGCUUUGGCUUUGGAACAUCCACGGGGACAUCCAGCAGCCUGUUUGGUACCACCAGCACUGGUGGGGGCCUCUUCUCAUCCCAGAGCAAUGCCUUCGCACAGAACAAGCCUGCUGGCUUUGGAAACUUUGGCACAAGUACCAGCAGUGGAGGUCUCUUUGGAACCACCAACACCACUUCCAAUCCUUUUGGGAAUCCAUCUGGCUCUCUGUUUGGCCCAACCAGUUUUACUGCUGCUCCGACUGGCACAACCAUUAAAUUCAAUCCCCCAACUGGUACGGAUAGCAUGGUCAAGUCUGGAGUUAGCACCACUAUCAAUACUAAGCACCAAUGCAUCACUGCUAUGAAGGAGUAUGAGAGCAAAUCUCUCGAGGAGCUGCGUUUAGAAGACUACAUGGCCAAUAGGAAGGGGCCUUCGAAUCCUGUGGGGGCAGGAGCCACUACAGGCUUGUUUGGGACUUCCACUGCUACUUCAAGCACAGCUACGGGACUUUUUGGCUCUUCUACCACUAAUACAGGCUUCUCCUAUGGACAGAAUAAAACUGCUUUUGGAACUACUACGACUGGCUUUGGAACAGGAACAACAGGAGGGCUUUUUGGUCAGCAGACUCAAACGACAAGUCUGUUUAACAAACCAUUUGGUCAGGCCACGACGACGCAGAACACAGGCUUUCCCUUUGGGAAUACCAGCACUCUAGGACAGCCGAACACGAGCACGAUGGGAAUCUUUGGGGCCACGCAGCCCUCGCAGCCCGGAGGCCUUUUUGGAACAGCUGCCACUACCAAUGCUGGCACUGCGUUUGGGACCGGAACCGGGCUUUUUGGACAGGCAAACACAGGAUUUGGUGUUGGCGGUUCGACCCUGUUUGGUAGCAAACCUGCUGGAUUUGGAACCACCACGACCAGUACCUCAUUUGGUACAACCACUGGCGGCGGGCUCUUUGGUAACAAACCAACCCUGAGUUUAGGAACCAAUACAAACACUUCCAAUUUUGGUUUUGGUGCCAACAAUGCUGGAAAUAGCUUGUUUGGAAAUAAGCCUGCAACGGGGACCCUGGGAACCGGGCUUGGGACAGGGUUUGGAACAGCCCUCGGGGCAGGACAGACUUCAUUAUUUGGGAACACCCAGCCUAAACUCGGUGGGACGCUGGGAACAGGAGCUUUUGGAGCACCAGGGUUCAAUACCUCCACUGCUACUCUGGGCUUUGGAGCCCCUCAGCCUGCUGUAGCACUGACAGAUCCUAAUGCAUCAGCUGCCCAGCAGGCAGUCCUGCAGCAGCACCUCAAUAAUUUGACUUAUUCACCCUUUGGAGAUUCUCCACUUUUCAGAAACCCCAUGUCAGACCCAAAGAAGAAAGAAGAGCGGCUGAAACCGACCAACCCUGCAGCUCAGAAGGCCUUAACAACCCCCACCCACUACAAACUGACCCCGCGUCCGGCAACCAGAGUGCGCCCAAAGGCCCUGCAGUCUGCAGGCUCUGCCAAGUCUCAGCUCUUUGAUGGCCUCGAUGAUGAUGAGCCAUCCCUGUCCAAUGGGGCCUUCAUGCCAAAGAAGAGCAUCAAGAAGUUGGUUUUGAAGAACCUCAGUGGCAGCAGCCUGUUCUCUCCUGUCAAUCGUGAGAACGAUGACCUGGCAUCUCCAUCAGAGUACCCAGAGAAUGGAGACAGGUUCUUUUUGUCGGUUCCUCCUGAUGAAAACCACAGGCAAGAUGGCGAGCGCGAGGAGGAGGAGGAGCACCACGAGGUGACGAGGUUUUACACCAACCCCAUUGCCAAGCCCAUCCCACAGAGCCCUGAGAACACAGCACACAAACACCAGAACAGCGUGGAUGACACCAUCGUGGCCCUCAAUCCGCGGGCAGCCCUGCGCAACGGCCUGGAGGGCAGCAGUGAGGAUCCCUCGUUCCACGACGAUUCCCUUCAGGAUGAGCGCGAAGACGAGGCUGAGGCGGUGCCCCACGUGCAUCCUGCAGGUUGGACUGGGGCUGGAGGCAGGGCUGUCCUCUAUGGAUAACUCUUGGUGACGUUUAGUCUGUGCUUCUUGUGCUGUUUUGGAUCCUCAGUUCUUUGUUUCACUUCCUCCUGUCUUCUUUGGGGUACAAAUCUCAUUUUUUCAUUCUCAUAUCUCACACGUUUGUUUU